AUGAUCUCAAUGGAUAAGAAGAAUAUCGAUCACCUCUUGGCUCACUUGGAUUUGAUAGACGUUCAAUGUCACGUCUGCUUCCACGUCAACACGGACCCAGUCAUCUUUGUGAAGUGCAAGCAUUCUCUCUGUGGAGGAUGCGCCGGUCGCUGGCUCGCAAGUACCAGCGUCUGUCCAAUGUGUCGCGCUCAAGUUGAAGAGAUCGAGCCAGAUCAGGAGUUGAAACAGAGAGCUGACAGAUUCCUCCUUCGCCAUCCAGAGAAUCGUUCUCCACACGACAUCUACUACGAGCAAACUGUGAACGAGACAGUGUUCUGGUCCAUUCAACAACGCAAAAAAGCAGGAGAUUCGGAUAGAGUCUUCUAUGGAAUGAAACCAGCGGUUCCAGAGAAUAUGACUGAGGAAGAAGCCGAGGAGUUCCUGGAGGCUCGACGUAUCGAGAGUGUUCGUAAACGUCUCGACGAGCUCAAUGAUCGUAUCGCCAUUCAGACUCCACUUGUUCAAGCUCAAUACAGAGAGGAAUUAUUUGUUCAUCUCUCGAACAAAAACGACGCUACCUUCAGAUAUGAGGAUUAUGAGUGGCAGAUGGUCAACGGUCGCGGUUUGAUUCGUGUGCCACGAUCAACCAAUCGCUUCUACUGUCCACUCCGUUUCCGUCGCGCACACAGCACCUAA